AUGGCUAACUCAUCGCUCAACCACUCCUGGCCAGCCUUCUCCAAGCUGUGGCUGAAGCGGUGGGCCUUCAAGAGAGGCUCUGAGUCCACGCCCUGUGUCCAGCCCUUUGACCCUGGGGCUGAAGCCUUGGCCAUCAAGAGCAGCAGUGGAUUCUGAAGUCCUGAGCGCCUGGCCUUCUUCUCCACCAUGGGAGAUGCACAGGAGGGUGGUACUCCCGGGCAGCUCGGCGAAACCACAGAAGACCUCAGCCUGGACUUGGGGGCACUUCAGGGCAGCGAGUAUCUCCAGGACUUGGGCCUUGGGGCCCCUGCCCACAGCCAGCCAGGGGGGGCCAGAGACAGUGGCCCCCCUAGGAAAGCAGCAGGAAGAGGGUCAUCCUUCUCGAGUGCUGUGGGGUCCCAGGGCCUGCAUUGGAGACGGAGCUGGGAGAGGGCCCGGAGCUGCUCAGAGAGCUGGCGGAGGCUCAGCCUUGACUUCUCGGCUGUGAAGGAGGGGCCCUGCCUCCCUCGGACGCUGGCUAGCCUUGCUCUGAACCUUCCUGGAGAGGGCCUGCAGGACUGGACUAAAGAGCGCCUGUCUGUGGGCAAGACCCCCGCAGAGCACCCAGGCAAGGAACCUGGCAGCCUGGAGAGAAGAGCAAGGUCUCAGUCGGCUCCUGUGUCCUUUGAAACCUCUCGUGCUUUGGAGACGCCUACUCCCGCUGUUCAAGGCCUGGGGCCGACCGCACUGGAAUGUCUGGAAAAGGACCGUGUGGAGCCGGACCACAUGCUGUUGGUCCAGCAGGUGCUGCAAGAACUUCGACAGUACCAUGGGGCUCGGCAGAGGGCUCACUUGUCGGUCAGCCCCGGAGACCAUUCAAACCUCACCUGGUUUGAGUUCCUGUCUGAGAGCAAGGAUGGAGCCAGCAAGGUUGAGAGGAGUGACAGGGGCGCCACCAGGGUGAAGCGCAGGCUCAGCUCCCUACGCAGUCGAGUUGCCAGGCACAAGGACAAGGGGAAGACCCCAGCACAUCUAAAGGACAACGAUCAGGAUGCUCAAGAGAGGAAGGAAUGUGUCGAUGGCCACCAGCUGUCCCGAGGAACCUUCUUUGGCCACUCCAACUGCCCCCCGUGCAGCAAACCCUUCCUCAACUCCACGUCCCUGAAGGAGCACCCAAGGGCCACCCUCUCUUCUGAUGGCAGCCCAGCCUUGUCCAGGAAUGUCGGCAUGACGGUGUCACCAAAGGGGGAUCCACAGUCAGCACCCAGCCUAGCGGGAACAGGGACGAGACUCGGACCAACCACAGGAGAGAUGGAUGAAGCCGACUCCAUAUUUUUGAAAUCUAAGCAGGCCGCCGACGACUCCCUUUCACUUACUCCCUCGAGCACUGAGUCCGCUCUUGUAGAAGAUUCCUACACAGCCUCCCUGAGGAGCGAGAUCGAAUCGGACGCCCGCGAGUUUGAGGCCGAGUCCUGGAGCCUGUCCGUGGACCCCGUGUAUGCAAAGGAACAAAAGAAGGAGGUGGUGAAGAGACAGGAUGUGAUUUAUGAGCUGAUACAGACAGAAGUGCACCACGUGCGGACGCUCAAGAUCAUGCUGAAGGUCUACUCCAGGGCCCUGCAGGAGGAGCUGCAGUUCAGCAGCAAGGCCAUCGGACGCCUCUUCCCUUGUGCAGACGACCUGCUUGAGAUACACAGCCAGUUCCUCUCUCGGCUGAAGGCACGCCGCCAGGAGUCCCUGGAAGAGGGCAGCGACCGCAAUUACAUCGUCCAGAAAAUCGGUGACCUCCUGGUGCAGCAGUUUUCAGGUGAAAAUGGAGAGAGAAUGAAAGAGAAGUAUGGUGUCUUUUGUAGUGGCCACAAUGAAGCGGUCAGUCAUUACAAGUUGCUGCUGCAGCAAAACAAGAAAUUUCAAAACUUGAUCAAGAAAAUCGGCAACUUUUCCAUCGUGAGGCGACUCGGUGUGCAGGAGUGCAUCCUCCUGGUCACUCAGCGCCUGACCAAGUACCCCGUGCUGGUGGAGCGCGUGCUGCAGAACUCCGCAGCUGGCGCCAAGGACUACGAAGACCUGACCCAGGCCCUGAACCUCAUCAAAGACAUCAUCUCACAAGUGGACUCCAAGGUCAGCGAGUGUGAGAAAGGCCAGCGCCUCAGAGAGAUCGCAGGGAGGAUGGACCUGAAGUCCUCCAGCAAGCUCAAGAACGGGCUGACUUUCCGCAAGGAGGACAUGCUGCAGCGGCAGCUCCACCUGGAGGGCAUGCUGUGCUGGAAGACCACGUCAGGGCGCUUGAAAGAGGUCCUUGCCGUCCUCUUGACAGAUGUGCUGUUGCUGCUACAAGAAAAGGAUCAGAAAUAUGUCUUUGCUUCUGUGGACUCAAAGCGCCCUGUCAUCUCGUUACAAAAGCUCAUCGUGAGGGAAGUAGCCAAUGAGGAAAAAGCCAUGUUUCUGAUCAGCGCCUCUCUGCAAGGGCCGGAGAUGUACGAGAUCCACACCGGCUCCAAGGAGGAGAGGAACUCCUGGAUGGCCCAGAUCCGGCGGGCCGUGGAGAGCUGUCCAGAUGAGGAGGAGGGGCCCUUCAGCGAGGCCGAAGAGGAAAGGAAGGUGGUCGAGGCCCGCGCCACGAGGCUGAGGGACUUCCAAGAGCGACUGAGCCUGAAAGACCAGCAGAUCGCACAGAGCCUCCGAGAGAAGCAGCAGAUCUACCUGGAGAUGGCGGAGAUGAGUGGGUUGGAAGACUGGGCUCAGUCACGCCUCCUCUUCCGAGGAGGGGACCCUUCAGAGAACCUGCAGGGAGAGCUGAUCCUCAAGUCAGCUGUGACUGAGAUUGAGGACAUCCAGAGCCUGAUCUGCAGGCGGCUGGGCAGCCCCAACGGCCAGGCAGACAACGGGGGCGCCUGUGCAGGCCCACGCCAGAGGGUGGAGACCUUCGGAGGCUACAGCAGCACCAGCGGUCCUGGCAAGAAUGGCAGCUCUAAGAAGAAGGUGGGUAGCGAUGACCUGAGUCCCCGAGACUGGCAAGAUGCUGCGAGCAGCCUGGACGCGAAGCCCGAUGACCCCCCGGGGGCCUCUGAGGAAGCACGGCAGGUGGUGGAGGCGCCGGGCACGGAGUCUGGCCCCCGUGUGCCCACUGUCCUGGAGUUGGAGCUUGUCCAGCGAAUCCAGAUGCUGUCCCAGCUGCUUCUCAGCCUCCAGGCGGUCAUCGCCCAGCAGGACAGCUACAUGGAGAUGCAGAGGGCCACCCUCCAGGAGCGGGAGAAGCAGUUCCGGCUGCAGUCCACACGAGGGAACCUGCUGCUGGAGCAGGAGCGGCAGCGCAACUUCGAGAAGCAGCGAGAGGAGCUGGCGGGCGUGCAGAAGCUGCAGAGCCAGCUGCGGCUGGAGCAGCAGCGCUGGGAGCGCCAGCGGGAGCACCAGCGGCAGGAGCUGGACCUGGCCUCGGCCCGGCUGCAGCAGCGUGAGAGCGAGGCUGCACGGCUGCAGGAGCAGCUGACCCAGGAGCGUGCCGAGCUGGAGCAGCAGCGCCGGGCCUACCAGCACGACCUGGAACGGCUUCGUGAGGCUCAGCGCGCUGUGGAGCGCGAGCGUGAGCGCCUGGAGCUGCUGCGGAGGCUCAAGAAGCAGAACACAGUGCCUGGGGCACUGCCGCCUGAGAUGCCCGCAGAGGUCCAGGCCCCAGGCCACCCCACCAGCUUCAACGGGGAAGGGCUGGAAGGGCCUGAGCGCCCCGAGGUGGCUCGGCGGGACAGCGCGCCGGCGGAGAGCCGGCUGGCCAAGAGCGACGUGCCCAUCCAGCUGCUCAGCGCCACCAACCAGAUCCAGAGACAGGCGGCGGUGCAGCAGCAGAUCCCCACCAAGCUGGCUGCCUGCUCCAAGGGUGGCAAGGACAAGGGUGGCAAGAGCAGGGGCUCCCAGCGCAGCGAGAGCUCAGCCUCACUGGACCCGAAGCAGCAGCCGCUCCUCAGCAAGCUCACGGGCAGGGACGAGGGCGCCUCCCGGAGCCGCCGCUCGCUGAGCCCUGUCCGCCUGGGAGGCCGCAGCGCCGCGCCCCGCCAAGACCUCUCCUGCCCGUCCCCCGGCCCGGCCCCAGCGGACCCGGGCCCUGAGCACUUCUCCCCGCCGGCUCCGCUGCCUCUCGCACCCGUCAGCAAGGAGGACGCCAGCAAGGAGGACGUCAUCUUCUUCUAGGGGAGCAUGGCUCGAGGUGCAGGGCCCUCCCUGUCCUGACCACAGGUGUCAGGCCUGGCCGGGGCCAGGCUCAGGUCAGGGGCCACCUGUCAUCUGCAGGCUCUUCUGCAGGAUUAGCAGCAGUGCCUGAGUAACUUUCCGAACCUCUUUUGUAUGCAUAAAGAAACAUUUCUUAAUUGAAGGGUGAACCAGAGCUGACCCAAAGAGCUGGUUUAAAUCACAGCACCCCAUUUUGGUAGAGAUCAACUGCACACAGUUUUUCCAGGGCGGGGACAGGCAGGCUGGCAGUUCUGCAUGGAGCUUGAAGAGAGGCCCAACGCAGCCUGAGGGGCAGGGCAUGUCGGCCGUGCCUCCAGACAGUCUCAGAGAGGAGACCGGCGUGUGUUCAGGAGGGACCUCGAGGCUGGGGGUGGGAGGGCACAUCAGGGGCUGCACGCCGCCUGGCAGGGGACCGUGGGCCCAGGGCAGAGGAGUGACUGGAAAGGAUGGCUGAUGGCACUCAAGACAAGUUCUGUUAGGGUCUGAAGCUCACCUGGAGAGGGUCUGGCUGUAACUCAUUUUAAUUUGGUGGUUUUUAAAACCUCCCAUCAAGCAUGGAGCUUCCCCCAAGCCCCUGGCCAAGCCGGUGUGGCUCCCCAGGCACUCAGCCUGCGGGGAGGCGAGCAGAGAGGUUCAUGGGGGCAGCACACACCCAGAAGUCCCGGCCCCAGGCGAGGGGCUGGUGUCCCCAGGGCUGCCGAGGCAGGGGAGUGCCACAGAGGUCCCACGUGUCCUGGAGACCCCAAGUGGCCGGGUGGCCGCCUGCAGGCUGCCCACGCGCCCAGCGCGCCGUUGCAGCUGAUGGUCUGCUCACCCCCGGAGGAGGGCCGGGGGCCCCCGUGCAGCCGCCCAGCUGUCGGCGUCGGGGUGGCGUCGCGCAUCUGCGGGCGGUGAUCAGGUCCGGCCCCCGUUCCGCCUCUGGCCAAACUCGGGCUUGGGUGCUCGUGCCAGGAAGGGAACGUUAGACUUCUUUGCACCCCCAGCUCCUCCACUGGGCCCAGAGCCUCCCAGGGGCAGGAGCCGCACGGGGCCAGGGUGACCCAGCCCACUGGACGAGGAACCGAAAGCAGCAGUUCGAACCAGUCCCGAGCACAGCCCCCCACCGGCCCCUUUGAGAGCCUCUGCCGCCACCACGGACUGUGCCUGCAGGCCCAGCGCCAGCUCGGAGCCGGAAGGGCCCUCCCCGCCCCCAAAAGGCACCAGAGCUCUCCUGUGCCAUGGCUGUAAUCAGUGUUUUUGUACAGAGACGAAUCAGAGCACUUUAGAAAUUCAACUUCCUGUCCUUUUGUGAAAAGAACAUUCGUGGGCCUCUCAGACACCAUGGUUCUCCGACAGCAAGUCCAAAGGAUUCCCCGCAGGCCUGCGGUGGGGAAGGGCCCGUCCUGCCUUUCGGCCAAGGGGCACCCCCUG